UGGCCAUGAAGUCCAACCUGGUGACGCUAGCUGAGAAUACUCCAAUCAGUAGUUCAGAGGAACUGUUACAAAGCAAAUUUUUCAUCUUAAGUCCUGCGCCAUUGAAGGGACUCGUCUCUCCUGCACAAACACCAACCUGUCGGAGACGGUCAGCACGUUUCAGCACUGCCAGCAAAAGCAUCCUGGCUAAUAAAUCUGCACUAAAACCAUUUUCUCUGUCAGUGACUAAAAUGAAUGUUAGGUUUUCCGAAACCACAAAGGAUAAUGAACACAAGCGAUCUUUGAUAAAGACGCCUGCUAUAAAGUCCUCCUGCUUUGAAACAUCAGAGAAUGAAGCAAGAAGAAGCUUCCCACUGCAAAAAAAUGAACCAGUGGUGGAUGCAAAUAAAAUUUUACUACUGUGUGAGACUGAUCUGAAGUCUGAAUUUAGCAAAAUCUUGCUACACAAAAAUCAGUCUGAGGAAAAUAAAAUGAAUCAGCCUGCUACUACUCCCUUCAAAUUUACUGAGCAACCCACAACUCCAUGCACCAAUAAAAAGCUAAAGUUUGAUCUUCACGCAAGUUUGGCACGGCCACUUGGUUAUGAGCCCCACAAAGGUAAACUGAAACCUUGGGGGCAAGCUAAUGAGAAGUAUGCUGGCACAAGGAGUACUGUAUCAGCCAUGAGGGAUAGUUUCAAGCAGCCUAUUCUUCCAACACGGUAAGUACUAACAUAAAUGUGUGUGUGAGGAGUACAGGCACAACCAGUAUUGGUACUGGACUGGAAGUCCAAGCAGUUUUAUACUGCA